UGUGCGUUCCAGAAUAUCCAACCCUGCUGGAAUAACUUCUCAUUACCAUUAUUUACCGUUUCCUGCUUGUGGGGGCGUUGUUCAGUUAUCCCCACACUUUGUAAAUGUAUUGUUCUUCAUGAAGACUAGAGGAGUGUUUUUGGAGAACCUGUUAAUGCAGAAGCGGUCUCCGGCAGUCUUUGCUGACAUUUAUCUAGAUGGGAAUUCAGACGCCGCGUAGGCAUCGCUUGCUCUGAUCAACCAUCACAAGAGCUCCCGGAGGAAGCACGGAAUCAGCUGCUCCCCGCCCUCCCCUCCCCUCCCCCGCCUCUACCGUCGGGUCUCCUGGAGAGAAAGAGAAAGAGAGGGAGAGCAGCCGACCGGUGCCACUCACUCACUCAGCAUCUCGCUUUCCGGAUAGCUUUGCACUGCUUCAGGAGACAGUGGCCAAGCGGGAAAAUGUCAGCCAGACCCGGCUUCUAUCGGCAGGAGCUCAACAAGACCGUAUGGGAGGUUCCCGAGCGGUACCAGAACCUGACGCCGGUUGGAUCAGGGGCGUACGGGUCUGUGUGCUCUGCGUACGAUGUGAAGAGUCGUCAGAAGGUGGCGGUGAAGAAGCUGUCUCGGCCCUUCCAGUCUCUCAUCCACAGCAGGCGUUCCUACCGGGAGAUGCGUCUGCUCAAACACAUGAAGCACGAGAACGUGAUAGGAUUACUGGAUGUGUUCACUCCAGCUACCUCUCUAGAAGACUUCAAUGAAGUGUAUCUGGUCACUAACCUGAUGGGGGCCGACCUGAACAACAUCGUCAAGUUCCAGCGACUGUCUGAUGAGCACGUGCAGUUUCUCAUCUACCAGCUGCUCCGCGGACUCAAGUACAUCCAUUCAGCAGGACUGAUUCACAGGGACCUGAAGCCCAGUAAUGUGGCUGUGAACGAAGACUGUGAGCUCAGGAUCCUGGACUUUGGAUUGGCCAGACAGACGGAGGACGAGAUGACGGGCUACGUGGCCACGCGCUGGUACAGAGCGCCAGAGAUCAUGCUCAACUGGAUGCACUACAACCAGACAGUUGAUAUCUGGUCAGUGGGGUGCAUCAUGGGGGAGCUGCUGAAGGGGAAGGUCCUGUUUCCUGGCAACGACUAUAUCGACCAGCUGAAGAGGAUCAUGGAGGUGGUGGGAACGCCGACCCCCGAGCUGCUCAAGAAGAUGUCCUCCGAACACGCGCAGAAGUACAUCCAGUCUCUGCCCUUCAUGCCCCAGCAGGACCUGGAGAAGAUCUUCAGAGGGGCCAACCCCCUGGCUGUGGACCUGUUGAAGCGGAUGCUGGUUCUGGACUGUGACGGUCGGAUCACGGCCUGUGAGGCGCUGGCCCACCCGUACUUCUCCCAGUACCACGACCCGGACGACGAGCCCGAAGCCCCGCUGUACGACCAGACACCGGAGAGCAAGGACCGCACGCUGGAGGAGUGGAGAGAGCUGGUGUUUGAGGAGGUGAGUGGCUCCAAAUCUCCUGUCAGCAAACCAGACAGCCUGCAGGCAGAACAAUAAGACUCCGCCUUCAACGCCCCAUCCACCAAUCAGAGACGGCAGAGAGAGAGAGGAGGCCGCCUUCAAUGCCCCACCCACCAAUCAAUCAAGAGCAGGCCAAGUCAGAAGAGCCCGCCUGUAAAACCUAACCCACCAAUCAGAGAAGGAGCUGUACAGAAGUGGACACACCCAAGAAUGACUACUGUCCAAUCAGAACCCCUCAGGCUAUACCUCCUGCCUAAUGCUCUGUGUGUAUAUGACUGGUGUACAAAUAUGUGUGUAUGUGUGUGUGUGUGUGUGUGUGUGUGUGUGUGUGUGUGGUGUGUGUGUGUGUGUUGUUCAGUACCACUGCCUAUUUUAAUUACAGUAUUGGAAUAUCUGCAAGGUGUGUUUCUUGCUGGGGAUGUGCAGGCUGUACCCUAUCAGGGUACAAAUAUGUGUGUGUGUGUGUGUGUGUAUGUGUGUGUGUGUGUGUGUGUGUACAUGUGUGUGUGUGUUGUUCAGCAGGCUGUACCCUACCAGGUAGCAUGUUCUUAUGCACGUGUGUGUAUUCUGUUCCGUGUGUGUCUUUCAAGCACAUAUGUAUUUGGAUGCAGGUGUUUUCUGAUGCACUUUUUGUGUGUGUGUACGUGUGUACAUGUGUGUGUGUGUGUGUGUGUGUGUGUGUGUGUGUGUUUACCUCUUUUAUACCGGGAAAGAUGAGGAGUUGUGGCUGAAGAUCUGCUCCAUCCAAUCAGAUUCGUGGCAAACAGGUCACGUGAUUAGUCACAUGCUCGUGCCCGCUGUGUUCCAUUGGCUGCAGCCCCGAUCAGCUGAUUACAGGGGGUGUGUCUUAAGGGUCUUAAGUAGCUGUGGGUUCCAAUCAGCUGGGGGUUACAGGGUCUUAAGUAGCUAACGCUGUGUGUUCUUCUAGAAGAGACGUUUUUGGAUGUUACCCUGGGAAGCUAAGAGUUGUCUAGCCUUUGGGAACAGACACACACUCAUAUACACACACACACACACACACACACAUACACGCACACA